GGAGUCCCAGGCAAUGGACACAUAACCACAAAUGACCAACUGACCCAGAUUUUGACAAGCAUCAUAUACUCCUGCAGUGUGGCCCAUGCUGCUGCAAAUUUUCCUCAGUAUGAGGAGUAUGGCUUUCCUCUGAAGUAUCCAGCAAUGCUGCGUGGGAAACCUCCAACAGAAACA